AAAAAAAUACAUUUUCAAAUAUUAUAUAUAAAAAUUUUGACGAAUUUUUUAAAAAAGAGUUUAAAAAUUGUGUUUGACCAAUAAAUCCCCUCGGCCCCUCUCUCCCACCCGGUAAACCGGUCACCUCUCACCCUUAUAUCCCCCCUUCUCCGCCCCACCCAUUUCCCACUUUCCCAUCUCCCUCUCUCUGCGAUUCCCACUUCUCCUUCUCUCUCUAGAUGCGUGCCUGAGCUUGGGGUUCUGCUGCCGCUGCCUCCCUGCUCUGGAUCUCGAUCAUGGCCAUUGACACGCUGAGCUACUCCAAGAUGGACGAACAGAUCGCCAUCCAGGAGGCCGCAUCCGCCGGCCUCAAGAGCAUGGAGCACCUCAUACGCCUCCUCUCCCACCAGAACCACCACUCCCAGCACCACCAACAACACCCUCCCGCCGACUACUCCCACCUCGCCGACUUCACCGUCUCUAAGUUCAAGAAGGUAAUCUCCCUCCUCAACCGCACCGGCCACGCCCGCUUCCGUCGCGGACCUCCCGCUCCCUCCGCUCCGGCGCCUCCUGCCGCUUCUCCUCCUCCUUCUUUUGCCUCCGUUCCGCAGUAUCAGUCCGUUACCGUGACUCCGUCUCCGGUCCCUCCGCACGCUGCGCUUCCGCCGACGACCUCUGAGGCGGUUGCGCCGGCCGGAUUUUGCCACUCGCAGUCGCAGGCGCUGACUCUAGAUUUCACUAAACAGAAUGUGUUGAGCUCGAACCCUAAGUCGAGCAGUGCCGACGAGAGCUUCAGCAUAUCGCCUCCGAUGUCGUCGACGAACUCCUCGUUCAUGUCGUCGAUCACCGGAGACGGAAGCGUUUCUAACGGGAAGCAAGGGUCGUCUCUGUUCCUAGCGCCGGCGCCUGCAGCAUCCGCCUGGAAACCGCCGCUCUCUACGACGUCGUACAAGAAGAGGUGCCACGAGCACGACCACUCUGAAGAUGGAUCCGGCAAGUAUUCCAGUUCAACAAAGUGCCAUUGCUCUAAGAGAAGGAAAUCUCGGGUUAAGAGUACGAUUAGGGUGCCAGCGAUUAGCUCCAAGAUCGCCGAUAUACCGCCGGACGAGUACUCCUGGAGGAAAUACGGCCAGAAGCCGAUCAAGGGCUCCCCAUACCCAAGGGGAUACUACAAGUGCAGCAGCGUGAGGGGGUGCCCGGCAAGGAAACACGUAGAGCGGGCCCCGGACGACCCGACGAUGCUGAUCGUGACUUACGAAGGGGAGCACCGGCACUCGCAGGCCGCCAUGCAGGAUAAUGUUGCCGCCAGGGUGGGCCUCAUGUUCGAGUCGUCAAAUUGAGACUUGGAGAGGGGUUUAAUUGAAAAUAUGGAAGAGAAAGAGAAAAGAAAUAAAAAAAAAUGUAGACUUUUGUAGUAUUGAGAUAGUUUAGGGGUGUUGGAUGUAAAUUUCGAAAGAAAUAGAAUGAAGAUCCUACAAUCUUUUGUUAAA